AUGGCUGAUCCUUCGAACGAUCUCCCUGACACUUUGAAUUAUCUGGAAGGGCUGAGUGUGGACCCUGAAAGCGAAAACAUCAAGCCAAAGGAAGCUCUGGGAGUCGUGAGAUAUGUCGGACGCUUCGAAAUCCUCGAGAAGAUUGGAAAAAUCGCCUACAAACUAGACAUCCCCGAACAUUGGCUCAAGAAGGGAAUGUAUCCAGUCAUUAGCAUUGCGCACCUGGAGCCAGCGCCCACUGGCGAGGAUCCUUGGCAACGGGGUGGGGAACCGCAGGAACAUGUCCCGACCUUCGACGGGAGAUUCCCCGAUGACGCGAACAGGACGCCCAAAGGCGAACGAUUCAAGGAAACAAACAACAUGGUACUUCGCCAGGUGAGCGGGGCAAUCCGCGGAGGAGGACAAAUGGCUCUCAGAUUAGCUCUCACAUCUAAGCCCUACCAGCUCUCACAUCUGAGCUCAUUUUCAACUCUAUCAUCCAACUUUGUCUAUCACCUCUUCAACCCUGACAUCCAACCAACUUCGUCUAUCCAAAACCAAAACCUCGUCUACCCUCAAAAACUCGUCAAGAAGGUUAAAAGCAAGCCAGAACUAAAGCCAGAACUGAUUCAAGACACCCGGGACGAGGACGCUGGAAAGCCCGCAAGAGACCCAAGUUGCAGAAAAGAGAAUACCGCGUUCACCGCUAGCCUUCAAAUGCAGCUAGACAAAGCGAAGGGACCUGUUCCAGCUCCCGCUACAACAUGGCAGACUGGGGACCCCGUUUCAACCUCGAAAACAUCUUCCAAUGCAUGCAUCACCAAGGUUCUUGAUGCGUUUGAUGCAACGCUAAGACUGCGUUUGACUGCAAAAUAA